CCUCGUCAGGGCCCCAGGGAGCGCCUCGGCUCGGUUCCGUCUCUGGGCUGCGCCCGGGCUGGCGGCCGCGGCGGCAGAGCAGUGGGACCCGGGAUCCGUGCUCCGCCGGGAGUUGGGCAGGGCAGCGCCCUCGCCUCCGCGGCGUCAUGGGCCACCUCCCCGGGCCUCAGCGGGCACCAGCCGCGGGAACCCCCGGGCCUCCUCUCGGCCGAGUCUGAGCGACCCCAGGGUUCCCCGGCUCACAGUCCUUCCGCCCUAUUUUUUUUUCCCCUGCCCUCGCUGCCGCAACUGCUUCAGCUCUCGGUUAUGGCAACGGAGCCACCAUCCCCCCUCCCGCUCGAGGCGCCUGGUCCCCCAGAAAUCCGGAUCCCACCGGCGAGCGAUGCAGUUUCUGAGAGCGCCCCGAAACCAGCAGGCGUCAGGCUCCGCUUCCUCAACGGCUGCGUGCCCCUGUCGCAUCAGGUGGCCGGACACAAGUACGGGAAGGACAAAGUGGGUAUCUUGCAACAUCCAGAUGGCACAGUUUUGAAACAGCUACAGCCACCUCCAAGGGGUCCUAGAGAGCUAGAAUUCUAUAAUAUGGUAAGUGAGGUUUAUGCUGCUGAUUGUACUGAUGGUGUUCUUUUAGAGCUACGAAAAUAUUUGCCAAAAUAUUAUGGCAUCUGGUCACCUCCCACUGCACCAAAUGAUUUAUACCUAAAACUGGAAGAUGUGACCCAUAAAUUUAAUAAGCCGUGUAUAAUGGAUGUAAAGAUAGGGCGAAAAAGCUAUGAUCCUUUUGCCUCAUCUGAGAAGAUUCAGCAACAGGUCAGCAAGUACCCAUUAAUGGAAGAGAUUGGGUUCUUGGUGCUUGGCAUGAGGGUUUAUCAUGUUCAUUCUGAUAGCUAUGAGACAGAAAACCAGCACUAUGGAAGAAGCUUAACAAAAGAAACUCUAAAGGAUGGAGUUUCCAGGUUUUUUCAUAAUGGAUUCUGCUUAAGAAAAGAUGCUGUUGCUGCCAGUAUUCAGAAGGUUGAGAGUAUCCUGCAGUGGUUUGAAAGCCAGAAGCAGCUUAACUUUUAUGCAAGUUCAUUACUGUUCGUUUAUGAAGGUUCAUCUCAGUCAGCUACUACAAAAUCAAAUGAAAGAACUUUGGCAGAAAAGUUUUUGUCCAAAGGACAAUUCUCAGACCCAAAUGUACUGGAGUACAAUAAUAAUUUUCGAGUGAUAAGUUCCACAACAAAUGGAAAAAUAGAGGCUUCCGUAGGCAAAAGCUUGUCUAAGAUGUAUGCUCGUCACAGAAAAAUGUAUUCAAAAAAGCAUCACAGUCAGACUUCAUUGAAAGUUGAAAGUAUAGAGCAAGACAAUGGGUGGAAAAGCUUGUCACAGGAACAUUUGAACGGAAAUGUCCUUUCCCAACUGGAAAAAGUUUUCUAUCAUCUUCCCACUGGUUGCCAAGAGACUGCAGAUGUGGAAGUGCGAAUGAUAGAUUUUGCUCAUGUUUUCCCUAGCAACACAAUGGAUGACGGAUAUGUUUAUGGGCUGAAGCAUUUAAUUACUGUACUGCAGAGUAUUUUAGACAAAUGAAUCCCUUUCUGCAGUCUUUUUAAGGGGUGGGGCAAUCAUUGUGAAGAGCAGCAGUCUAUCUCUGCACUUGUAAUGCUAUGUAAAAAGUUUAUAUUGUGAGUCUGCAUUUUAUUUGUCUUUAUACUUUUGGUAGAAGGGUUAACUUUUUUAUAAUCUUACUCAGGAAAACUAAUUAUUUGUUCAUUAGAAAACUAUGAAGAAUAAAGAAACUUUGGAAAGUCAAGCAGGGAAUGUGGUGGUGGUACAUGGUUGAAACAUCUAUUUGGCUCAAGUAAAAUGCAAACUAUUAUUCAGUCAUUAAGAGUUUAGUUUUCUAUAGCCAGUUUAUCAUGGAAUCUCUGUCCACCCAACUUUGACAAUGAGCCAUAUCUAAACUCAUUACAUUAUGAGAACACUUUCAAAAAUCUAGAAAGCACAGGUUGAUGUCAUUAGUAUUGCUAUAUGAAAUUAUUAAAACUGGAGAAAAUUCUACUUCAGAAAUAAGUACUAUUUAGGUUUUAUAUUAAAGUUUAGAUCAGCAUACCAAAUGGUGCUUCUUAAGGAAAUGAUUUUGAAUUAUUACAUUCCAAAAGUAGAUUUUCUCUUUAAUUUUCAUUUAUGUUCAUAUUGGCAACAUGUUAUAUUUCAUGAAAAAGAUAAUUGAAAUGGACAACAACAACAACAAAAAUCUUGAAAUUUAGGGCACUAAUGAUUAUUCUUGCUGGGGUAAGAAGGGGAAAAAUAAAGUACUUGGAAAGAACAUGUUUUUCCUUUAAAAUCUUUCAUUUAUGGGCAAAUUGGAAUAUAUAUUCACCACUUUUUGAAAAGUGUUAUAACUAUAUAAUAAUACCUUUUCUUUUUACUACAACUUCAAAAUGUGGAUGCUUGAAGGUUUGUCUUAUAUCUCCUUUAAAUAACUUGAAUUUUUAAAAAAGUUAUAUAUUUUUAUGUGUCCAUUUAGUUAACCAGUAGUAUAAAUGUAUGUUUCUAAAAAUGGUGUUUUUCGGAAUACUAAUGAGCAGGGAAGAACCACACUCGAUAUUGAGUAUUGUCAAAAAUACUGUGUAGAUUAAUACAUCAUAGAGAAUGGUGCAUAUCUAAAUCCUCGCUUCUAUUUCAUUCUUACUCAAAAUAAUUUUAUAUUCAAGAGAGAAAUUUUGAUUUAGUUUCAUGGGGAGGGAGCAAUACUGUUUUUUCUGGAAAUUAGAUUCUGUGUUAUCUGUGUUUCAUAUUCACCAUCUUUGAAAAAAUAAGCAUUUAUUAUUAUUGAUAACAUUUAAACUUUAAAAUUAAAUUUGCAAAUAUGUUAGAUGUUUAUGCUUUCAUUGUUUGCAUUUUGAUUCACUAAUAACACAUCUAAGUUGUUAACAGUUUUGUCAUAUUAUUAGAAAAUGUUUUAGAGUUGGAAAUUGUUAGUCCCUCCUACUCUUCCCCUAGAAUUACAAAUUAAACUUUUGAAUUUAAGCACCUCUUUCUGGUGUGGAAGAAAGUAUCACAGUUUAUGUUUAUGUUACCUUCCCAACCCUCUCUUAGGGCACUUUGCAGAUAUCUGAGAACAAACAGAAGUACCAAAUGCACUGUGAAUUCUAUGCUUAAUAAAUCUGUUAAACCUGAAUAACUUUAAACUUCAUAUGCAUUUUGUUAUAGCAAAUUCAGUUGUUUUUAAUUUUUUAUGUAGAGUCAUUGUAAAUUCUUUUCUAGGGACUUCAUAUUUUUUUUUCUACUGCCUAAAUGGAUAUUGGCUUUUGCUUUUUGUGUGGGGAUGAAUUUCAAGUCAUAAUUAAUAGUCAGAAAUUUUCUAAUUUUACUUGAUUUCUCCUACAAUAGACUUUUGUUGUUGUUGUUAUUUGGAGAGCAGUUCAGUAAAUCUUAAGUUCAGAUAAUUAGACACAAUUUUGAAUCUGAACAAAACAGGAGGCUUUUUUUUUUUUUGGUAGGGAAUGGUAUCAGCCUGUGUAAAAUGAAUUUAAUACAUUUAAAUAUUAUCAGGGUUUGUUUUUUUUUUGCACAUUUUAGCUCAACAAAGUGUAAGUCAACUGUUCUAGAUUUUCUUUAUCCAUAUUUGGAAAUACAGUUUUGUAAAAUCAUAUUUUGUUUUAUUUUAAUAAAACAGGAAGCGCUUUUUAUCUUUUGUUUUUCAGGGAAGGGAUUAACAUUUAAUUCUGUUUGUUUACAUUUUUUAUCACUGUUAUCCAAUACUCAUUUUAUGUUGCUUUAUAAGUAAACUUACAUAUAACAGAGUAUCUGUUUAUGUAAUCUACAUGUGACUGUUUUACUAUGUAGUCCAGUCAUGUAGCAUUAUGCUGAAAUAUACCACUGUGGGAAUAGAAUGAUCACUAUUCACCAAGCAUAUCUAAACAUACAAAUGUUUAAGAAGUAAAGCGUAAUAAGGAUAUAGUUUGGGUUAAUAAGGUUAUCAAAUUUUUUCCACUAGGAAACACAAAUAAUGGCUUUAGUGUAUUUCUUAUGGAAUGCACUCAUAAAGAGAAGUUCAAGAAAUUAUGAGUGAAUAAUACAUUUCUCUAGUAAAAAUUUAAAAUUGUAUAAUAGUUUUAUAAUAAAGUAUUUACAUUCAUUGAUAUUUUAAUACAGAUGGAUGUUGCAUAGAUUCAAGUAAAAAUUGAUGAUAAAUACUAAAUAUUUUAUCUAAAUAGUUUUUCAAGAAUCAUUUGUGAAAAUGUGUAUAUUAAAUAGCUCUAAUAUGGCACUGAUGGUAUUUCAACUCAGUAUUCAUAAUUCUUUAUGUGUCAGGAAAGAUAGUACUUACUAUGUAUGUCUUUUACACUACAAUUUGCUGUUGUGGGGCUUUAGAUUGUGUUAACUGAAUAAGAACUUUUUUCUGAUUUUGAGUAUACUUUACUGUUUUAUGGUUUUCAAGAUGAUACUCUUCAUAUCUCUAUAACCUCUAUCAAAUUUAUAACAUGACUUAAGGAAAAGGCAUUUUCAGAGUUAUUUUAGUUGCAUUUCUUCUGUUUCAUGCAACUGAAAACAUUUGUUUCUAGGAAUUGGAAUAUUGUUGAAGAUGUAGGAUGAAAGGAAAUGGAAAAACAAUGAAAGAAUUGUAUUUGUGAAAUGACAGAAAUUUUGUCCUGUGAAGCUAUUUUAAAGCAUUUUCAUCACUUUAGUACCAUUUUCUCAUAGCAGUUCAGCAUUUGAUACUUUAAAACUUGAUUUGCUUUACAAAUUGUUUACGAUGCUUUGAAUAAUCUUUCUGAUCCAGUGCCUUUAACCUUGGUUUGUGGAAUGCGUAGCUUCAGUUGUCCUUCCAUUACAUUCUGUGUUAUCAUAGUGUAGACCUCAGUUCUUGUCAUUUUAGUCUGUUAAUGGUUUGGGAAAACAAGUAGAGUUGCUCGUGGAGGCCAGGCUUCUUAGUUAAUUCAAAAAUACUUACUGGAUAUCUACCAUGUGCCAAGUAUUUUAAGCCCUUGAAUAUACAGUUGUAAAGCAAUUAGGCAAAGCUAUAACUAUUUCCAGUAUACUGUCUAGAUGAGGUGGGGUUGGGGCUGAAUUAAAAUAGCAGUGGUAUAGAGAAAUACUCAUUUUGAGGUGACAAAAUUAACUAGCAUUUGAGCUUGUGUAAAGAUAAGGCAGUUGUUGAGUUGAAAUGAAGCAACUGUGUUAGGUUGAAAAUAAUACUUUGCAGUAUUGUAACCUCUUUCACUUUGAGUUCAAGUAGUAACUAUAGAUAGCAUACAGAGGCCUUAAUUUUUCCAUUUUCUUGCUGGUAAAGGUACGUUUACUUAGAGUGUCCAUUGAGAGUAGUGUUAUAACAUUACUGUGAAAAAUGUUCCAUUAUGUUUUCACAAGCAAAUUACUGCACAUUUUUAUAUUGUAUUUUAUAAUUUAGUACAAAUGUUUUUGGCCUCAAUCUUCAGAUCACCAGUAUUUUAAAUUUGGCAGUGAAUAUGAAAUUUUUGACUUACGGAUGAUUUUAUCAUUACCUAAAAUGCUAGUUAAUAUUUUAGGAAGGUUAGAGUUUCUAUUUUUGGGGAGUUAAUGUUUAAAUUAUUAUUUUGAUAGCAUCUAGUAAGAGGAAAUAGUAUUCAUAGGAUUAAACAAAUUAUAUUAUACUCAAGAAUUCUUUUUAAUUGUUAAACUUUCUUAUCAUUGGGGUUAAAUUUUGGCCUGGUGUUCACUUACAUAUUAACAAGUUUAGUUAUGAAGUGAAAUAGUCAAGUAUGAUGUGUGAUGCACCUGUAUACGAGAAUGGCGUGCACAAAGACACUUUACUAUGGGAGUUGUACUGGAAGACUUACGAACGCAUGUGAAAUUGCACCUGAAAUUGUGUUACUAGUGACUAUGCUAAGUUUAUUGUACUUGAUGAAUGAAUGUAUGUAGUCAAAGUUACUUUGGUUUAAUGUCUCUUUUUAAAUGUGUUUGUAAUUUGUACUAUCAAUGGGGGUGUUCUCGGACUGCAGGGGUUAUUGUCAAUGUGUGAUUUUAUUUUAUAGAAUCAUCUAAUGUGAUAUACCAAUUUUUAUAAGUGAUAUUUAGAUAAUUCUAAUACUGUAUAUUUGACAGCCUAUUAAAAUGUUUUGCAUUGGA